AGAUUGGCCGAUCGGUCCGAAAAGCCACAAUAACAACUUUGAAAAGCUACAACAAAAAAGAGAAAACUUUUCGUGGACGACACUUUGUAAGAUCCGCAACAACAACAACAACGGAACAACAACAACAACCUCGGCAAUAUUAUGGGGAGGUCUCAGCGGUCAGAUGGUGAAAAUCUUUCGCUGAGCCACUGAUCUUCUUGCCAAAGUUGCUGUUGCUGCUGUUGUUGUUGUUGUUGUUGUUGUUGCUGCUGGCUGCUGCUGGAUCUGUGCAAUACCAGCUUUUAUUACUGGUUUCCACUCCCGACCAAGUACUUUCUAGGCGUAUCUUUCUCUUCCUGAAAUCUGGUCAUCUUUCUCAGAUAUUAUUUUCAUCGCAUGGAUUUAUUUGAUCCACUGUUUAAUUUGCGGAUCUCUGUUUCAAUUUACUUUGAAGUUGUACAAACUAUUUUUAAAAUUGCAAUAAUAUCUUGAAUAUAAUGUUAUAACAUUUCAAUAUAAAUCCGUUCUGUUGUAUAUGCCAAACCCCUUGCCUUGUUACUUUCGCCAUACGAUAACCUAAUCGCGUCGUGAUCAAGUUUUGGGCAAAUGACAAUUUUCGACGUCAGCUGGCAUUUCCCUGGCAUAAAUCACUUUGCCACAUCCGCAGCUUCCCAGAUCUACUCGAAUUAUGAUGAAUGUGCAUCUGUGUGUGGGGUAUGAUGUACCAUAUAGUGUACCAUAUUGUGUGCUCUACGCUGGAUAGUGUGUGGUGUAUAGUAUAGUGUACAAUGUGUGUGUGUGUGUGCGGAUCAGGACGGAGGUGGAGGAUGGUGGGUGGGUAAAUCGCAAAUUUUCAGCGUCAAAUGCCAUUAAGCCAGUCCGCGUUAUUGAGUUAAAUUGGAAAAUAAGCGAGCGACAGUUGCUCUCGUUGUUGCUGCUCUUGUGUGCCUUGUGUGCCUUGUGCAAUUGUUCGCACUUGGAGACGACUGCAAAUAGUAAUGGUAAUGGUAAUGGUAAUCGCAGUCGUAAUGGGAACUGGGAUGGAACUGAAAAGCCAAACCGCGGCCAUCCCAACCGGACAGCCCUGGACAGCCGAAGCCCAAGCCCAGACCCAUUACCCCGCCCAUUCCCGCUCACUACUUGCACUGCUCCGCUGUUAUUAUGUUUGGGGGGCGGACGAUCCCCAUCAUCGUCGCGUAUGAUAGUUAUUUCAAUUAUAUAGUGCACAGCGUAGCGCUGGACCCUCCUCCAGCCAGUCAGCCAGGCAUUCCGAGCCCCGAUCCAAAGGGGUUGCGGGUCGUAGGACCGUUGAGAUUUAUCGCGUGCCCCUCGGGACUGCAAGUUCAGACUCAGAUUCAGAUUCAGUAGGAUCUUUUCUGGUUUUCAUGUUUUCUUCACUUUUAUCCAUAUUGUCGGUUCGGUUCGCACGAGAGUAUUUUCUGUGGUUUUUCAAACACGAAUUUUCCCAGAUCCAUGGAACUUGAUUUUAACAAAACAUGAAACCUAUUCUAUGGGUGCUCCAUCUUUCCCAUGAACAUCAAGAAGAAUGAUCCCGCGAUGGGCAAUGCCGGCUAUACUUGCAUACGCCGCACCUUCUGCUGGCUCAACAUCAUUUUAUGGCUGUGUAGCUGCGCGUUUUUGGGAGCCGGACUGUGGCUGCGCCUGAGCUACGAGGGCUACGCCACCUUGCUGCCCCAACACGCCGGCUUGAGUGCGGACACCAUCUUCAUGGCCAUCGGAGGAACCGGAUUCGUGGUCAGCUUCUUCGGCUGCUGCGGCGCCUGGGUGCAGUCGCGCUGCCUCCUGGUUCUGUACUUCAUGCUGAUUGUGAUGCUGUUCAUGAGCGAGUUCCUGGUGGGCUCGAUCGCCUUUCUCUUCCGCGGCGGCCUGGGACGGACUUUGGCCAACGAGCUGCGCUUCGGCAUCGAACGGCACUACAACACCAGCGACCGGGGAUCUCUGGUGGCCCCCUCGGUGGCCUCCAUCUGGGACAGUGUGCAGCACUCGUUCGAGUGCUGCGGCGUGUCCUCGUACGAGGACUGGUACGACAUCGAAUCGUGGCCGGGGAAGCGCUGGGUGCCCGAGUCCUGCUGCAGGACCCUCUACGACCAGCGCCAGGUGCUGACCGAGGGAUCCGGCGACGGAAUGAUGCGCGCCGACUGCGGGAGGUCGGAGAACCCGUCGCUGUGGUGGGACAAGGGCUGUGCCCACUCGCUCCAGAGCUGGUUCACCGGCCAGCUCAACGUGGUGGGGGCCGUGGGCCUCGGGAUCGCCUUCGUCCAGCUGUUCGGGCUGAUCACUUCGAUGCUGCUAUUCUGCACGGUGAAGCACAAGCGGGCCUCGGACACCUACAAGUCCUACUCCCCGUCUAUUGACCCCCAGACCCGCACCAGCAGCUGGGAGGAUUGAACGCGCCUGUAAAAUCCGAGGGGGCAGGGGGCAGCAAUCCCGCCGCUUCCUGUCUCCCUCCAUCUUUAUUUCUCUGUCAACUCCCUAGUUUCUAAUCCAUUCUGCGAAAUGUGCCAAAAAUUAAUUUUAUUGAAAUUGUAUUUUUUUUUUUUUUUUGUUGUAUGUUGUAUCUGUAGGCGAAAACAUAUCGAACAAAUCUAAAGGGCUAGACGAUGUGUUCGCACUGUGGGCAGUGUGAACGGGACAUACGGCUCCCAGUAAAACAAACGCACACAGAGAUGUUAAGUUAACGGUGCAUCCAUAUUGUGAUGUGCUCCGUAGUUGUAUGGUGUAACACACACAUGGGCGGGUACAGUGCGUUUCAUACGAACCAGGGAAAAGCUAGAAGUCACUGUAACCGAAAUACCCAUUAGCUAGUGUGGAUUACGCUAACCCUUUAAAUAGGAAAAGAUAACCAAAAUAUUUUUACAUACGAGUAUUUAUACAAUAUGUUACCAUUUAAAACUCUUUAGUAUUCGAAGAAGACGAAACCACAACUGCCCGCAAAGCAUCAAGACCCAAGAGUCGAGGAGGAAGAGGAGAAAGAAGAGGAGAAGGAGGAGGAGAAGGAGGAGGAGAAGGAGGAGGAGGAGGAGGAAGAGAGGGAGCAUACAGUUAGAGCAAAUAUUACUACUGCUAUGAGUACGAUUGUUUUAUUUAUACGUAUAUAUUUAUAUCAAAAUACAUUCCUACACAACAUGUUCGUGUUAAGUUACAAAUAAAUAAAAGUAUUUAUUAAAUUAAAAAAAAAAA